UGCACCGACUCUGUACCUUUUUUAAUAAAAAUAUGCUCGUUUAUCUUAUCAGUCCUCUUCAAUAUGUAUAGUUACUAAAAAUGCGAAAAUUUGGUAAAGAAAUUUUGACAUCUACGUGUCUAUCAUGUUGUUAAUGUUAAUGUCGCGGUGCAAGAGAUUUUUUCAAAAUUGAUUGUUUUUUUUUUUUAAUCCAAUUCGGUAUUCAAAUGUGUUGUCAAACUCGGAGUUGGGUUGUUAAAGGAAUUUUGAUUUCAAUAUGGACAAUAGUACAAACAAGUUUUCAUAUCAUAUUCGUAUUAGGCGGAUAUUAUGUUUGCCAAUUUAAGCCCAGCCACUACAUACUGGUCAUUUUUUACAUCACUUAUUUUUAUGAUUAUGAUAGAUGCGGUAGUGUCUCAGUAGGCGAAGAAAGUUUUUUUAGCAUAAAACAAGACAGUAACUCAACAAGACUGAUAGAUUUAGAAACGAACGCUACCGACGAAGAGGAUAGUAUUUAUAAUAUCGUCCAUACAAUUUCAGAAAAAGCCAUUUUCCCCAGGGAAUCGAGUCAAUACUACAGAACGCGAAUAUACCUGUUUUGCUGCGUCAUAUGCGACGGAUGUUGGCUCUUGAGCGCAUUUUUAUUAUUCGCUGGCAUUUCUUUUAAAGUGAAAAAAUGUUUGUCGAUCAUUUUCUAUGGACCAUGGUUGCUCGUGACAUGUGUUUCGGUGUUGCUAGACGUCACGGCUGCUGUUCAUUUUGGCCUGGACUUGCUUCAGAUUUUCAACUAUACCUCCUGGCUACGAUUCAUUGGCGUCACUAAUUAUCAAGAUUUUAGCAAAUUCAACAAGUUCAAGAGCUCUUCAUAUGUUCCGCACAUGAGUAGUAUCACUAUGACAUUAUUUUGGUCGAGAUUGUGUAUAUUUUGGAUACUGAAUAUCGUCAAUUUCUUCAGCAUUGUCAAUAGUUUCGGCAUUGCCUUUCGUGGUAUUGCAGGAAAUGAUAAAAGAAAUAAAAUAAUAGCCAGAAGAUCCAACUCGCAAAUAUCAUCCAACCAAAUGAAUUCAUCCGAAUCAAGAAUAAGAAACUGGCAGAAAUUCUACGGGACAGUAGAAACGAACAGUUGUAGAAGCAGCAGCGUAUCCAGCAAAUCGAACGAUACAGACUACAAUUCAAAUAGCAGAAAUAAAAAAUCGAAAAGGAUAAAUUCAGAAGAACGUCCGAAGAAAGUGUCUGGUAACAGUACCACUCGGUAUAGCUUGGAUUCCAAUGUCGAGUUUUUGUCUUCUACCAACAGCAGUCCAAGGCCGAAUUCUAACUACCUAAAAUUCCAAGACGUCACCGAAGGUGUCAAUACCAACCAAAUGUACCGGAGAGACAGCGAAAACGAAUACGAAAUGAAUCAAAGACCAUGGUCGUAUCUGAGAUUCAACGAGAGACCGCCCAGCAUAUUGUUCGAACAUGGCGAGGGCUCCAAUGGAAGGGCUAGGCACGGCAGUUUAGAAGAACAUCGAAUGGGAAGUACGGCUAUGUGAUGUUAAAUUGUGUGAAGGAUUCGAAGAUGCAUGUAUUAUUUAUUUAACUAUAAUUUUUUGUAUGUUUUUUUAAUAAAAAUAGUAAAUUAUCA